GGUUAAGGGCGCGAGCAGCGCGCGGGAACGACAACCAGCCUCCGCUCCGGCUCUCACACACGGAGGCAGGUGGAGCAGCCUUACCUCAGAGACAACCCUGGAAGGAAAAGGAGAAGGAAAAGCAAAAGGAAAAGGAAAAAAAGCGUCUGUGGACUCUAUACGGCGUGGAUAUUAAACAAAGAACGUCCUCAGUUGGUUCUCGAGGUGACACGGCUGAACGGCGAGCAGCUGGCGUGCCUCUGCGGGGAUGAUGGGUGCCCGUUUAAUUUGUGAAGUCGAGUCUGGUGUCUCAGCCUCCCUCCCAUUUUUUCCUCCCAAGGUCGUUUGGUGCAGGCCUGGGCAACAGAGGAUUGUGGGAAUGGCAUCUAUCCCCGCUGUGGUGUGUCUUUGAUCAGUGGAACAUUGGCAACCCGUCUCUGGAAGGAACAGUAGAAUGAAACAGAGUGAAUGAAAGUCAUGUGUUCCAACUGCAUUACCACCCGCAAACAAACCAACAGCGAAUGAAACCCAAAAAUUAAUUCAUUAUUCACCUAAAUCUGUGGUGUUGCCAAUUUAACAUGUGGAAUCAAGUAACAUUUUGAGUCAGUCUUGGAUUUUGGAGGACUUUUCUUAAAUGUAUCCUUCCAUGGAAAUACUCAGAGAAAAAUCAGGAUGGAGAAUCAAGUCAAAAGAAACCUUUAGAUACUAGGGAGUUUUAGAAUCUGGGGCCAUCUAUUUGCACAGUGCUAUUUUCGAAAAGGCCAAAUACAUUAACACGCCACGCUGGGAAUAAAUUUCUCCUCUGCUGUGGAGAAACGGAACAUUAGAAAAAGGAUUAGGAGUGUGCUUGAAUGAUGAUGGCAAGGAAGUGGAGGUGUAGUGGGAGGCGGCUGAGGAUCUCAGCGCUGCUGUUGCUGCUGGCGGCUUCGUCACUGGCACUGGAAUUUGACGGCCUUCCAGGCCAGUGGGCGCGUUAUGGGCGUUGGGAGGCUGGCGCUACGGGUGAACUGAGCUUUGCAAUGAAGACCAAUGUGAGUGAAUCCGUGCUUCUUUACCUGGACGACGGUGGCAACUGUGACUUCCUGGAACUGCUGAUCAGUGACGGUCGCCUGCUGCUGCGUUUCGCCCUGCACUGCGGUGAGCCCGCUACGCUCCACAUGGAGACACGUGUCAGUGACCAGCGCUGGCACCGGGUGCAGCUGGCACGGAACUACCGCCACACCAUGCUAACGGUGGACAGUGAGGCAAAGGUGGCCGAGGUCAAAUCCAAGCGUAAGGAGAUGGUGGUGGCAAGUGACCUUUUUGUGGGUGGAAUUCCUCCCGACGUACGCCUUUCCGCUCUUACCUCCAGCACCGUCAAGUACGAGCCUCCAUUCCGGGGCCUGAUCGCCAACCUAAAACUAGGAGAAACUGCUCCUGUCCUUCUGGACAGCCAAGGUGUGAAGAUUGACCUGGAGUACCUUUGCACCAAACAGAACCCCUGUAGCAAUGGAGGACACUGCUCCGUCUACCAGAACGAUAUCCUGUGUGACUGCACCAACACCGGCUACAAGGGAAAGUACUGCAGUGAAGCUGUCCAGCAAGUGUUAGAAGGUCUGGCGCACCUGAUGUUAAAGAGCCAAGCCCCAGGACCUGCUCCACUGAAGGCCACUGCAGCUGCAGGUGUUACUGAACCAGGGCGAGCCGAGUCAGUGGCCACGUUCAAGGGCAGCGAGUUCUUCAGCUACAACCUUUCCCAGACGCCCAUCCAGAGCAGCUCGGACGAUAUCACGCUAUCGUUCCGUACGGUCCAGCGCAACGGCCUGCUUCUGCACACAGGAAAGGGGGCUGAUUAUGUCAACCUGUCGCUGAAGAGUGGCGCUGUGUGCCUCGUCAUCAACCUGGGCUCGGGCGCCUUUGAAGCCCUGGUGGAGCCAUCCGAGGGCAAGUUUAAUGACAACGUCUGGCACGCCGUGCGCAUCGCCCGCAACCUGCGCCAGGUCACUAUAUCUGUGGAUGGGCUGUUGACGACCACAGGUUACACCCAGGAGGACUACACCAUGCUGGGUUCAGAUGACUUCUUCUAUGUGGGAGGCAGUCCAAACACGGCCGACCUACCCGGCUCUCCGGUCAGCAACAACUUCAUGGGCUGCCUCAAAGACGUGGUCUAUACCAAUAACGAGUUUAGGCUGGAGCUCUCUCGGCUGGCUGAAUUGCGAGACCCAAAAGUGGCCCUACAUGGUGAACUGACCUUCCGCUGUGAGGAUGUGGCUGCCCUUGAUCCUAUCAGCUUCGAUACAUCUGCUGCCUACGUCAGCCUCCCUCACUGGACCGGCAAGAAAACUGGAUCAAUCUCCUUUGACUUCCGCACCACAGAAUCCAGCGGCCUUCUGCUGUUCAGCCACGGGCACAUGCAAGGUUCACGCGAGCACCGACCCAGGGUUGACUUUUUUGCCAUGGAACUGCUGGACGGCUUCCUGUACCUCCUCAUGGACAUGGGCUCAGGCAGCAUUAAGUUAAAGGCCAGCAGCAAGAAGGUGAACGACGGCGAGUGGUGUCAUGUGGACUUCCAGCGAGAGGGACGCAAAGGCUCCAUCUCAGUGAACGGCCGCAGCAUGCCCUUCUCCACCAAUGAAGGCAGUGAGAUCCUGGACCUGGAUGGUGACAUGUACCUUGGUGGUCUCCCUGAGGAAAGCAAGGCUCUUCCUCUGCCCCCCGAGGUGUGGACAGCAUCUCUGCGGUUGGGCUUCGUGGGCUGCAUGCGGGACAUGUUUGUAGACGGUCGGAGCCGGGACCUGCGGCGUCUGGCCGAGCUGCAGAGUGCGGCAGGCGUCAGUGUCUCCUGCACACGUGAGACCCACCGACGCUGCAGCACCGAGCCCUGUUCCCAUGGCGGCCAUUGCCACGAAGGCUGGAACCGCCACAUAUGCGACUGCACCGGCACUGGAUACCUGGGGCCCAACUGUGAAACUGAGUCCACAGUGCUGAGUUAUGAUGGCAGCAUGUUUCUGAAGGUGCUUAUGCCUCGCGCCAUGCACACGGAAGCUGAGGAUGUCUCGCUGCGCUUCAUGUCCCAGAGGGCUUACGGUUUGCUCAUGGCCACCACCUCCUCAGAGUCCGCCGACACCCUGCGCCUGGAGCUGGACGGAGGAAAAGUCAAACUCACCGUCAACUUAGAUUGUAUCGGGAUAGACUGUAACCUUAGUAAAGGACCAGAGACUCUCAAUGCAGGGCACAAGCUGAAUGACAAUGAGUGGCACUCUGUGAAGGUGGUGCGCCGGGGCAAGAGCCUGCAGCUCUCUGUAGACAAUGUGACUGUGGAAGGCCAGAUGAGCGGAGCACACACACAGCUGGAGUUCCACCAUAUCGAGACUGGCAUCAUGACAGAGCGCCGCUUCAUUUCUGUCAUGCCCUCCAACUUUAUUGGGCACCUACAGGGCCUUUCGUUUAACGGCGUGCCCUACCUGGACCAGUGCAAGAAUGGCGACAUAUCGUACUGCGAGCUGAAUGCCCGCUUCGGCAUGCGUCGCAUCGUGGCCAAGCCGGUGAGCUUCAGGACCAGAGGCAGCUACCUGGCUCUGUCCACCCUGCAGGCCUACACCUCCAUGCACCUGUUCUUCCAGUUCAAGACCACCAGCCCUGACGGCCUGCUGUUGUUCAACUCCGGAGACGGCAGUGACUUCAUCGUGGUGGAGCUGGUCAAAGGGUAUAUCCAUUAUGUCUUCGACUUGGGCAAUGGGCCAUCACUCAUGAAGGGCAACUCCGACAAGCCACUCAACGACAACCAGUGGCACAAUGUGGUGGUGUCUCGAGAUGACAGCAAUGUGCACACACUUAAGAUCGACUCCCGCACUGUCACCCAGCACUCCAAUGGAGCCCGCAACUUGGACCUCAAAGGGGAGCUGUACAUUGGUGGUGUGGGGAAGAGCAUGUACAACAGUCUGCCUAAGUUGAUAGCAUCUCGAGACGGUUAUCAGGGCUGCCUGGCUUCUGUGGACCUCAACGGCAGGCUGCCAGACCUCAUCAGUGAUGCCCUACAUAAGGUGGGCCAAGUGGAGAAAGGAUGUGACGCUGGCCCAGGCACGACCUGCUCCGAGGACUCGUGCUCACAUCAGGGGGUGUGUCUCCAGCAGUGGGAAGGCUUCACCUGCGACUGCACCAUGACCACAUACGGCGGCCCCCGCUGCAGUGACCCUGGGACCACAUAUAUAUUUGGGAAGGGAGGAGCUCUCAUCACAUACACAUGGGCACCAAAUGAACGACCAAGCACCAGGGCAGACCGGCUGGCCGUGGGCUUUAGUACUCAGUUGAAAGAUGCCAUCCUGGUGCAGGUGGAGAGCACGCAAGGCCUGGGAGACUUCCUUCAGCUACACAUAGAGCAAGGAAAAAUCUGUGUCAUCUUCAAUGUGGGCACUGAUGACAUCACCAUAGAUGAGCCAGCGGUCAUUGUGAGUGAUGGCAAGUACCACGUAGUGCGCUUCACCCGCAGUGGGGGUAAUGCCACCCUCCAGGUGGACAACCAACCCGUCAUCGAGCGCUAUCCAACAGGCAACUUUGAUAAUGAACGGCUGGCUAUAGCCAGGCAAAGAAUCCCAUACAGACUCGGUCGGGUAGUUGACGAGUGGCUACUCGACAAAGGUCGGCAGUUGACUAUCUUCAACAGCCAGGCAGCCAUUAAGAUCGGAGGCCAAGACAAAGGCCGGCCCUUCCAGGGUCAAAUCUCAGGCUUGUACUAUAAUGGACUGCAGGUGCUGAAGCUGGCAGCUGAGGGUGACCCCAGCGUUAAAGUGGAGGGCAACCUGCGCUUGGUGGGAGAUGCACCAUCAGUAUUGUCCACAGAGACCACCUCGGCCACGCCUCCAGCCGCCAUGGACAUGUCCACCACCAUCAUGGAGACCACCACCACCAUGGCCACUACUACCACUCGAAGGCAGCGCUCACCCAGCCUCAAGGACAGCAUAACACAGCUAAACAUCAGGGGCCAGUUGCACCAGCUGAACAACUCUGAUGACCUGUUGGUGGCAUCGGCAGAGUGCCCCAGUGAUGAUGAGGACCUGGAGGAGUGUGAGCCUGGCACUGGAGGUGAAUUAGUGUUGCCCAUAAUUACCAUGGACACACAAGACCCCCAGUCUGUGGCCCCGCAUUACCCUGCCAUUCCCCCUCCCCCUACAUCUCUGAGCCCCCUCCAGACCACCAAAGAGUCCCUCGUCCUCUCUGAGCCACGGCCGCCAUGCCCUCCAGACCAGGAGGACUGCGGCGAGCCCAUGGAGGUGUCAGCCUUCGGCUCGGGGGAGAUGACUGAGUCCGAUGAUGAGGACUUCUAUAAAAACUCCCCAAUGGUCACUGAUAGGACAGUGCUGCCUCCUCCCCCUGGCGUGGGCAAAAGUGGAGGCCAAAAGCCUGGUGCCCAUCGCCCUCAUGCUCCCCCUGCCCCCCCUGCCCCAACAACCCACCCUGACCAGCUCCACAUCCCUGCGGGUAAAAUGAACACCCGUGACCAGGUGCUCCUCCCCCCAGCCCCAUCUUCCCGCCUCACUCCGGGACUAACUUACCCGCCCGAUUUCCCUCGUGUGCCCACAGCUCGGCCCUCGGCUUCAGUAGAGAGGGGCCUCCCCGGUGCAGUGGAGGUGAUUCGUGAGUCCAGCAGCACCACAGGAAUGGUGGUGGGUAUCGUUGCAGCUGCCGCCCUCUGCAUCCUGAUCCUCCUCUACGCCAUGUACAAGUACCGCAACCGUGACGAGGGAUCCUACCAGGUGGAGCAGAGGCGCGGCUCAGGCAGUGAGAGCAACGGUGCUGUAGUCAAGGAGAAGACGCCGGGCACAACCGCCUCCAUGUCCAAGACCGUCGCAAAGGGAAAGAAAAACAAAGACAAGGAGUAUUACGUCUGAGAGAGGAGUGAGAGAGAAAGAGAGAGAGAAAAAUGGUGGGUUGAUGAUUUUAGAGCGUAAAUCACCUCCUCUUCAUUCUCAUUCUCAAACAUUUAAGCCUUCAGUGAAAUUUCAAAAAGUUAUGACACAGUAAGGGAAAUAUGGAGAGAGAGAGAGAGGUAAGGGAAAGUACUAAUGAUAAAGGAAGUGAAUGGCCAUGUCCUGGGUGUCGAACAUAGCCAUUUUAACCUUAUUUCAUCCCCUUUUGUGCCUCAAGGAGAUCAUCCAUUACAUUCUAGAUGAUGAAAUGCCAUUCAUUCUCUUUGCAAUGAAAAUUGCCGUUUCCAGAGCGCAGGAAACUUUAGAGGUUAAUGAAUCACCAUGGAAAGGGAGAGAACUCCCACCACACUAACUCAUCAGCAGUCCUCUCUAGUGUCUGCUGCUUUCUGAAUCCUUUGGCUAAUUUUAAUGUGAAAUCGAUUAUAUCCUGCAAUUUGAACUAUAUAAAAAAUGUAAUUACCCUUGAUGUCAUUAUUCACACUGAGUGGUAAAUACUGUGUGAAGUAUCAGGCAAGCAAAUGUUCCUGUUAAUUCACUUUUUUCAGAUAUUUAAUUAUGUGCGUGGUAAGAAAAACAGGCCGACAGCUUUUACACUCAAUAUUUCUUUGACCACAUUUCCCACAUUAUGGGGUAUUAGAAAAAGUUUUGAGUAUGUGCUGAGUAGUUUUUGGCCAACUUUAAGUAAAAGGAGAGUGCUAAUUAGCUGCAUGUGUUCUUUAAGAAAUCUAUAUAUGACUCAUCUGACUUGUUAUGCAUUUAAAUGUAAUUGUAUAUUCUCUGCAAUUUAUAGCCAAGAGGCUAACAUGGAGUUGUGACAUGCUUGACUGCUACACCUUACCAUAUUUUCUGAAACCACCUCACCCCCACCCAAUUUCCUCUGCUUAAAAGAUUUCUUUAUAGCCUUAUAUCACUUGUACUAGCAUUAAUGCACCAGGCAAUUUGGUCUUGUAUUUCCUAGGGUUGCAUCGAUACCUUUUUUUUUCAGACUGAGUACUAUGAGUACAUUUUUUUUUUCAUACUCAUCGAUACUAAUACUGAUACCAAAAUGAGUAACCUAAGAUAUAAGAUGUUAUGGUGUUUAAACAGUAUCUUUAAUAGAGAGAGUGUGAUGAUUUCUCUGCAUGCUCGAUUCACUGCUCCAUGCACACGAAUUCACGCCACCUUGUACUCAUUUUAAUGAUAAUGCACUGCUAGCUCAGGUCAGCUGCCUGUUGCACUUUUUAUUAAAGAUAUGAUGUUUAAACAUCAUAAGAUAUUUUAUCAGGUUACUUGUAUUGUAGGAAGAUGCUCUAGUAGCUCCUCUUGAUAUUUUCACAGAGCACAGUUGCAGUCUGCUUUGCUUUGUUUUCCAUCGUUAAUCGUAAAAGAUCGCUGUCAUUUCGUGUCGUCUCUUCAUUAAUGCAACAACAUACAGCAAGCCUACGUCACCUAGUAUUGUGUGAUAUCGGAGGCUGGAAUCAGACACUUUUAUGAAUAUGAGUAAGAGUAAAUAAGAUCAGUAUCAGACCAAUACCUUACACCAGUAUCAGUAUCGAUGCAUCCCUAAUAUUUACAGCAACUAAACUGCACUAUUGGUAAAGUGGAGUUUGAUUUUUGUCUCGUUAUUGUUCACUGUUUCUUGAGCUGAAGCCUUUACUACAGUCCUCAAUCUAAAUCUAAACCUGUCUGUCAGGCCUGAAAAUGUUCUGUCCUUAGGAUACAGUUAUAAUCCAUCAAUGUUUAAUGUUGAAACCAUGUAAUUUACUUAUGAGUAGAUUUUUUCUUUUUUUAACAUUUGCUGCUGCUGUGAUGGUGAUAAUAUUCUCUAGCACUCCUAUGGGAUUUUUGAUAUUUUAGCACCAACUGUAGCAUAUCACCACUCUGGACAUAUAUGGAUAUUACAAUUAGACUAAAAAUACACAAAUUUUAAUAUAUACUUAUGUCACCUUGCAUUGACAAUUGUAGCACCUGCUACAGAGCAAAAAAGUGUCUUAUGGUCCAGAAAAUGUGGUUGUGGUACUGUAAGGGUCAAAGGUAUUGUAAAAGUGUAAAAGAGCAAUGCGCUGUCUUUCUCUCCCUCUCUCUCCCUCUCUCUCACUCUCCAUGGUGCUAACAUGGUCAUUAUCUAUUAGGCUACUUAUUGGUGUUCCAUGCAUGACGUAUUCACAUUUAACUUUUGGGUCAGAGAGUUGUUUGAUAUGAAAUCAUUAAGUUGAUCGUCAUCCUACUGGACAACUCUCGCCCUGUUCCUAGAGAGAUUCAUAGCACCACCUUGUCAUGGACGAAAAAAGAUCUCGGCUAAAGAAACCUAAGAAAGCUGGAGCAAUUAGCAUCAAUAAAAAAACGUUGUAUUUAUGUAAAUACAAGAUUCUGUGGACAUUGCUGACAAUACAUCAGGAUACAGGUUUGUCUGUAUGCGUGUGCGCGUGAGUGUUUCGUCCCUGUUCGUCCUCUAGCAUGAGAAAGACCUAACUAGACUUUGAGACAUCUUUCUCUGCCCCUUUAUUCUUCAAGAAACAAAACUAGAAUCCAACACCUACUGAAUGAGACUGCAGGAAGUGCAUACUGCUUGGAGGGAAGUCAUAUGUGGAGAACUUUUCCUGGCAUCCUUGCUGUGAAAAAAAGGAAAUGACCAACUCUGUGUCAAAAUGCUGGCUCUCCUAUUGCCCUGUUUUGAAGGAAGUGGGGAUAAAAAGUAACCUGUCAACCGAGAACUGCUCUCGUGAAAAGCAUUUCUGUAUAGAGCUACAGGAACUCAAGUCUACAAAAUCUACACUUUUUAUAUAUAAAGAGGGCAUAUCCCUGAAAAGAAAAAAAUGAUGUAAUGUCUAGAUAUUUCUCACAGUCAAUGAUUAUUAUUUUACCAAAACGGCCAUACUUGUUAUCAGAGAAAGGUCUGUUAAAUCCUAUCUCUCCACACAAAAUGUGGUUUUCACAACAAUGAUCGUUUCAGUCACAUCAGGUGAUUUUUCAAAUGUGGAAUCAUAUGAAAUAAAAUGUUUGCAAAUCUAUUUUCACUUUCUUUAAAAUCCAUCAGGAAGAAGAAUUUAGCCAUAUGUCCCUUUUUUGUUAUUUUAUUUUUAAAACAUUGUUUAAAGUUGUAUGGAUUUUUUUUAAACAUGGUUGCCAUUUACAUAGAACAGUCAGAGUAUAUUCCCAUUCUUACUUGUUAUUGUAAAGUGUUCCCGUGAGAUGAAUUUAAAUAUGUGUACAUUGACAGAGGAAAAAAUACACUUGGUUAUAUACUUCUUACAA